CGCUUGAUUUUUAUUUUAUUUUAUCUAUUUUUUUCGCGGUUUCUGUCGCCAAACUGGUGCGUGGCUGCUGCUGCGCAUGCGUGUGAGCCAAAAACAAAAACUGACCGAGCGUUCGACUAUAUAAGCGAUUAUAGGGCCGGGCUGGCCAACAGUCAGCCGCGUUGCUCUAGAUCGAGCGAGCGUUGCGUGUGUGUUUGCGAAUUCAACGAGCCAACGAGUCCCAAAGGAUAUACGUGUAUACCUAGGCACAAGGAUUACAUUCGUUAUACCUCGAAACUGUGACAUUUAUUGAGUGCAAAUUGAAUAAAUAAAAUAUACAGCAGCUAUAAACGCACAAGUCCAAUUAUGAAGCUGCUUUUGACUGUGCUGCUGAGCCUGGCGCUCAGCUUGGUGCUGGCAGAUCCUUCACCCACCGCGGCACCCGCAAUUGUGCCUUGCAUACAUGCUGGAGGCGCUGCUGGCUAUGCGUACGCUCCGCCGCCGCCAGCUGAGAUCAAUUUCUCCAUAACGCCCGGGGUGACCAAGUUUAGUCAGAGUCCAGCCAUAUCGAGCUAUGCGGAGAACGGCAAACUACUGCACACAUCGGUGGGCAGCGGCCACGCCUCCUACGAGUCCACAGUGGGCUUGUCGGGCUACUCGCAUGGCGGCGGCCUGACCCAGAUAGACAAGUACAUAGCGCCAGUGCAGAAGACGCUAUUCACACCCACGGCGGAGUAUGGCGGAGGCAUAACCUAUGCGGAUAAGUCGCCAGCGGCCAAGUACGCCACAGUGGUGCCCUCUGGCAUUGAGCUGAAGAGUCUGGUGGCACCAGCACCUGUGCUGAGCAAGGUGUCCAGCUACGCUUCGCCGAGCUACACCUACAGCCAGGCCACGCCCGCCAUUUCCAAGCUGGCUACCUACAGCUCGCCCAGCUCAGCCUACUACGCUGCACCUGCAGUCACCACCAAAGUGGAGACCUACCAAACGCCCGGCUAUACGUACUCCAAGAGCACGCCUGGCUUCUCCAAGGUGGAAACCUACAGCUCCCCCAGCUAUAGCUAUGCACAGGCAGCGCCAGCCGUCUCCAAGAUUGCCACUUACUCGCCCAGCUUGGCCUACGCUGCACCCGCUUUAAGCAAAUCCUACAUAGCACCUGCUGGCCCUGCUCCCUCUUUGUUUGAGCACCAUGGCAGCACUGGCUACUCCGCCAGCUACGCGCCUGCGCUCACCAAGAGCUACUUGCCCGCCAAAGUGAGCUAUGCCGCCCCAGCUAUUACCAAGCUGACCACUGGCUAUGAGUCCUCUGGCCACGGCGCAGUCUCCCAUCAAUAUGUGUCCAAGCCAGCGGUGGCCACUUACGCUGCUGCGCCAGCUAUAGCCAAGGUCGCCAGCUAUGCCGCGCCAGCAAUCACGAGCUAUGCCUCCGCUCCUGCAAUCACCAAGAUUGCCAGCUAUGCUGCUCCAGCUAUAGCUAGCUAUGGACAUGCGCCCGCUCUGGCCAAGGUAGCAACCUAUAGCCAGGCCGCUGAUGUCUCCCAUCAGUAUAUAUCCAAGCCCAUUGUGGCAGCCUAUGCCGCCCCAGCUCCAGUUGCCAAGGUAGCUUAUGCUGCACCAGCUGUCACCAAGCUAACCACUGGCUAUGAGUCUUCAGCUCAUGGUGCCGUUUCGCAUCAGUAUGUGUCCAAGCCAGCGGUGGCUACCUAUGCCUCCGCUCCCGCUGUCACCAAGAUUGCCAGCUAUGCUGCACCCGCAGUCACAGCCUAUGCUGCUGCUCCUGCCAUUACUAAAUACGCCAGCAGCGGACACGGCGCAGUCUCCCAUCAAUAUGUGUCCAAGCCAGCGAUUGCAACCUACGCCGCUGCGCCCGCUGUUACCAAGAUUGCCAGCUAUGCCGCGCCAGCUUUAACUAGCUAUGCCGCAGCUCCGGCCAUUACCAAGCUAAGCACCAGCUAUGCCGCUUCGGGACACGGCUAUGCAGGCUCCGCUCAUGGCGCCACUUCACAUCAAUAUAUAUCCAAGCCCGCCAUCGCCAGUUAUGCAACUGCUCCGGCUGUAGCUAAGGUGGCGACAUAUGCUGCGCCAGCUGUGGCUACUUAUGCUGCCGCUCCCGCUCUGGCCAAGGUAGCAACUUAUAGCGAAGCGGCUGAUGUCUCCCAUCAGUAUAUAUCCAAGCCCAUUGUGGCUGCCUAUGCCGCUCCAGCUGCAGUUGCUAAGGUGGCCUAUGCUGCGCCAGCUGUCACCAAGUUAGCCACUGGCUAUGGCUAUGGCGCUUCAGGACACGGCGCUGUCUCGCAUCAGUAUGUGUCCAAGCCAGCCGUGGCCACUUACGCUGCUGCGCCAGCUAUAGCCAAGGUCGCCAGCUAUGCUGCUCCCGCUGUCGCUACUUAUGCCGCUCCAGCUGUCACCAGCUAUGCUGCACCCGCAGUAACCGCCUAUGCCGCUGCUCCAGCCAUUACUAAAGUCGCCAGCAGCUACGGCAGUUCCGCACAUGGAGCAGUCUCCCAUCAGUACGUCUCCAAGCCUGCGAUAGCGUCUUAUGCCGCUGCACCCGCAGUUACCAAGAUUGCCAGCUAUGCUGCCCCCGCCUUGACAAGUUAUGCGGCUGCUCCCGCCAUUACCAAGCUGAGCACUAGCUACGGCGCUUCUGGACACGGCUAUGGAGCCUCUGCUCAUGGCGCCACUUCUCAUCAGUAUAUAUCCAAGCCCGCAGUCGCCGGCUAUGCAGCGAAGGUGGCCUAUGCCGCUCCAGCUGUCAGUCACAUUGCCACUGCACCUGCCGCUGGCUACGUCAGCAGCUCCCAUGGCGCAGUCUCCCACCAGAUUGUAUCCAAGCCCGCUCUAGCUGGCUAUGCUGCUCAUGGACUGGGCGCAGGAUAUGGCUAUGCCGCUGGUGGACACGCCCAUGGCUCCUUGUUGACUGCACCAGCGCACGCUGGACUCACUGCACAUGCCGGACAUGCUGGCUAUGUCAGCAGCACCGCCUAUGGACUGCAAGCGGGUAAAUUAUCGGGCGCUCAUGAUGGCAACUACUACGGCGCCAUUUCACUUGGACAUGCAGCUGUCUCGCCUGCACUUAGCUAUCAUGGCGCCCUGUCGCAUGCGGCGGGUAGUCACCUGGCUCCAUUGGCCGACUACAGUCAUGGCCAUGAUAUUGGCGCCUUCGGCGCUCACUUCAAUCGUUAUGCACCCAGCGUGGCAGCAUUGAGCGCCCAUGCGCCUCUCUCGCCCGCUGUCUACCUGAAGUCAGCGCCAGUUGCACAGCCAGCGCUGCUGAAGGUGCUGCCGGAAAAGCAUCUGGAGCACUUUGAUGCGCAUCCACGCUAUGCAUUUGAGUAUGCAGUCAAUGAUCCGCACACUGGCGACAACAAACAUCAGCGGGAGGAGCGCGACGGUGAUGUGGUAAAGGGCGAGUAUUCGCUGGUGGAGCCCGAUGGCAAUGUGCGCACUGUCAAGUACUACGCCGAUUGGGAGACGGGCUUCCAUGCCGAGGUCAUCAACAGUCGCGAUCAGGGCAAGGUUGUUGCCAAGCGUGAAACGGCGCCCAAGUCGUGAGCGCCGCCAUUUUGUUUUGUUCAUCAGCAAGUGUAAAUAGCCUAAAAUGCAAUAUUCUUCUCAUUAAACGUUAAAACAUAUUUAUGUAAAAAGAAAACAACAAAAAGCAACAGAUGGCUGCCAUUUCACAUUUCAAGCUUAUCGUUGUUCAUAUUUUAUCGCCACAUUUAUUUUGUUUUGUUUUUUUUUUUUUAUCUCAUGGGAUAAUGAUGCUCAAUGCGCUCUAUUUUUCUCUCUCAUUACAAACAGCAAACUUUCGCCUAUACUGUGAGAUUAUUUGUUGCAAUAACCGAAAUACAUUUAAAUAGAUUAUCGAAAUUAGUUAAAUACAUAAAUAGGUAUGAGUAAAUUGAAAAAUUUAUAAACAGAAAUCACAAGCUAGAUGCUAAAAUCUUUGGCAAAUUUUUCGAAGACGAGUGGCAAAUAUAAACACAAAUAAACAAAAAUCAUCAGCGGACAGUUUCCAACUGUCUGGAGAAAUCGAUUGUUGUUCGUUUGUUUCUGCUCUCCCAUUAUCUUGCUGGCACUGUGGAUAUAUUUAGCUAUAGCAAUUGCAAUUCUGUAUCUUUAUUUUGAAUUCAAUUAGAAUACCAAUAAUAAAAUGACGACUACUUA